UCUGAGUGUGUCAUGUGAUAUUGGCAAACUAAUGAGAAAUGAGAGUGCGAUGACGCUUGGAUUAAUGCAGAAAUCACACCUUGAACAUCUCAGGCCCUUUGUGACUUGAGACUUCAAGUCACUUGGCAGGACAUGAGUGAGUCUACACAGUUCACCUUGGAGAUCAUGAUUCUGGAAGGAAGUGGUGUAAUGAAUCUCAACCCCAGCAACAACCUCCACCAGCAGCCAGCCUGGACAGACAACUACCCCACUUGCAAUGUUUCUGGCGGGUUUUUCGGAGGCCAGUGGUACGAAAUCCACCCUCAGUACUGGACUAAGUACCAGGUGUGGGAGUGGCUCCAGCACCUUCUGGACACCAACCAGCUCGACGCCAGCUGCAUCCCUUUCCAGGAGUUUGACAUCAGCGGGGAGCACCUCUGCGGCAUGAGUUUGCAGGAAUUUACCCGGGCGGCGGGGACGGCGGGGCAGCUCCUCUACAGCAACCUGCAGCACCUCAAGUGGAAUGGCCAGUGCAGCAGUGACCUGUUCCAGUCCACACACAAUGUCAUUGUAAAGACAGAACAAACUGACCCUUCAAUCAUGAACGCCUGGAAAGAAGAAACUAUUUAUAACGAUACCAACUAUGGUAGCACAGUAGCAGAAUCACCUGAUACGAAAAAGGAGCAGGACCACCCUGCAAAGGCCCACCCCAAAAAGCACAAUCCACGAGGGACGCAUUUAUGGGAAUUCAUCCGUGACAUCCUCCUGAACCCAGACAAGAACCCAGGGUUAAUAAAGUGGGAAGACCGGUCUGAGGGCAUCUUCAGGUUCUUGAAAUCAGAGGCUGUGGCUCAGCUAUGGGGAAAAAAGAAAAACAACAGUAGCAUGACCUACGAAAAACUUAGCCGAGCGAUGAGAUACUACUACAAAAGAGAAAUUCUGGAACGUGUGGACGGACGACGACUGGUAUAUAAAUUUGGGAAGAAUGCUCGUGGCUGGAGAGAAAAUGAAAACUGAGGCUGCCAACACUUUGAACACAAACCAAAACACACACCAAAUAAUAACAAACAAAGAACUCCUGGACGUAAAUAUUUCAAAGACUACUUUUUUUCUGAUAUUUAUGUACCAUAAGGGGAAAAAAAUUUACUUCUAAUGGGAAGAAGGAACACUACAGUUGAUAAAAUAUUUUGUUACUUUGAAGUAUAUCCUAUAUGGGGAGCAAACGUACACAGUUUUCUGUGAAAUAUGAUACUGUAUGUGGUUGUGAUUUGUUUUUGCCUCUAUUAUGAAGUUCUUUCCGCUGCAAGAAUAACAGAGUUUGAAACCUUGUGCUUCUUUCUAAGAGAAAGAAAAAAAGUCAGAGGGCAUUAAAUGUUUUUAUAAGUAAAAUGAUUUAGGAUAAGGUGGUGUUCUCCAUAUAUAAGCAUCCACAUGGCUUUGUCAAGAGAGGUGGGCACAGUUUCUAGGUUGAACCCCAGGGUCUCAGAUUGAUACCAUAAAACUGAAGGAUGUUGGGGAGUUUAACCUGACCUUUAAGAGCCAGUGGGCGAAGAAUGGGGACUUCCAAAAUAGGGUGGACUGUAAUCACUGCACAAUCACAGGACUUGCAAGGUUUAAAUCAGUGAGGAGAAUAAUGGUGGGAGGAUUUAUACCCGGAGUGAUUUACCUUAUGCCAAGGCUAUCCCUCUCUCCCCUCUGGGUAUUUGAGGGCCCAGCCUUGGUUGUUUUUAUCCCAAUCACUUAAAAACGGGAAAAAGGAGGUAGUGGUGUGAAAAUGACGGUUGAGUUUAGCUCAGAGUUUCUCAACCUCAGCACAACUGACAUUUCUGGUAGGAUAAUUCUUUGUUACAGGGGGUUGGUCUGUACAUUGCAGGAUGAUUAGCAGUGUCCCUGACUUCUACUUGCAAGAUGCCAGUAGUGCCACCCCAAUUGUGACAGCCGAAAAUGUCUCCAGAUAUUGUCAAAUGUUCCGGGGUGGGGGUGGGGGGUGGGGCAAAAUUGCCCCUGAUUGAGAACUACUGUGUUAGUUGGUCCAGAGAAAGAUGGUAAUGUAUUCUCAGAGCAAAAGUUAAGAAAGGUGUUUUAGUCCCUAGAGGGGAGCAAAAGCUUUAAAUUUUUAAAAUUUUAAUUCAAAAUUUUUAUUGGUUAAAAUGUUAGGGAUAAGUGGGUUGAAAUACCUAGAGGGACUUCUUUUCAGAAACCCAAAUGAGAGUCAAAGUCAGAUAAUUAAAGUCAUGGGAUAAGAACUAGAAUAGAAAACAUUUUCACUGGAAUUACAAAGCAUAAUGCAGAUGAUGUUACAGAAGGGAGAAAUAGGAACAUGCUGAAAUAUCUCCUUCUCCCUCUUCUCUCUCUCCAUCUCUUUCUCCCUCUUCCUCUCCCUCUCUCCCUCCCUCCCCCCCCUCCUUCUUCUUCCCUCUCUCUCUCUCUCUCUCUCUCUCUCCCUUCCUCUUUUUCUGUGGGUAACAGGGAAAACUCUGGAGUUUGGAUCAUCUCUUUCCUGUCCCAAAGUGGACAAUGCCUAGAUUUGCCUCCAGAGGACUGUUUUUAAAAAAAAGAAAGAGAAAAGAAAGGAAGGAUAGAAAAGGAAAACAGAAAACUCCGCUUAGGAUCUGUUAUCAGUAGGAAGCUGGGGGCCUCUUAUUCAGUAAUAGGGUUGUUCUGCAAUACCUGGAGGGUUCUCACUGAGACACACAAUCUGGGGAAAGGUGAGCCUGUCAAUAUUUGGAAAAUGGGUUUGAACAUCCAGAUCUCUUUUGCAACUUUUUUUUUUUGCUCCUUGUGUCCUUGGCUUUCUCCUCCAUCCUGGCUCUUUAUCUGUAAAUCAUAUGGGGAUGAAGACGUGUAUGAACAAGAAGGAGUGGGACUGUCUUGUCUUCAUCAACUAACAGAGCACCUACCACAGUGCCUUACCCAGCAGGGGUGUACAAUUCAUGUUGGAAGGUUGCAAAGUGUUUGUGAUGUAUACAGAAUUGCGGAAGUAAGAAAAAUCAACAGUUUGUCCUAAUUAUAAUGAGAAAUAGGUAAGUGACCUUGGAGCACCAGCUUAGCAAGGUGAAUGACCUUCUGAAGUUACAGUCAAGUCUGUCUAUUUUUAUUUCUGCUUGGCAUGGUCACCUCUGCAAAUGUGCUGCUUGGUGUUGUCAAGUAACAGCUACUGUGGGAGCUGAGAAAAAUAACAGUGAACAGCAAAGAUCUUUACUAUGCAACUGAGACAUUCCUGCAUGAAAGACACACUCUGCUUUCCAAGCAAGGGUAAAGAACAAUGGGGCCGCCUUCCCAGUAGUUGGCUACACUUCAUGCAGAAUGCAUCAGUCAUCCAGAUAUCUGAAAUUGGUGUAACAAGUGAAUAUUUGUGUGUCUGCGUGUGUCUGGAUUGUGUGACAUUAUUGGGGUGUCUGUCACUCAGCUUGUGUUCUGUGAUUCCAUCCCUGGUUUUGCCCUUGUUCAUCACCUAAGGUGGGUAGAUCCUUCUCUGAGUUCACCCUUCCCUGAAACUCUGCGUUUCCCACAUUAUCCUUGGCUCUUAGAGCAACCUCUCUAUUGGAGAGCAAUCAAUGCUAGUAGCAAGUGAAUCUGGGAGUACCAACUGGAACAGGUCUGUAGAUAAUUAGCAGAUGGUGUUUUUUGUUGGAAGGACUAUUUCUUGGCUUCUGGGAUCUGCUUAAAUAGGCUGGGGUAUUAAGUUUCCAGAGUAUCUCUCUAUUGUCUUGUCCUGAGUUUCAUGCAUUUUCUAUGUACUAUUUGUGACUUGGAGAACUCGAGAUAAUUGAGCCAUUCCAACGUGGGGUGUGCACAGAGUACUUCCCAAAACAAUGUUGAAAGUGAGAGCCAAGUCCCAGAGAUAAGCUGGCAUCAGGUGAAGCCCUCACUUCUUUCGGGUACACAUGCCCAGGUGAUCAUUAAACACAGUCUCCUUGAACCUUCUUUAAGCCAAAGGCCCAGGCUCUUAUUUGCACUUUUUGCAGGAAUUUGAGGCUAAGAUUUUACCAGACUCAGAUUAUCUCAGGCUCCUAGAUAUUUGACUUGAUAGAAUUUAAGCGACAUCCUGGCUCCCAGGGACACAUCCUGCAGCUUCUUGAUGUGCCUUCUGAGCAGGCAAGUCCAGGUUAUUUUUGAGCACACAAGUUCUUCCUCUAAAGUUUUUUGUCUAUUAGACUGUAAGCUCUUUGAGGGCAGGGACUGUGUCUUCUUAUCCUUGUUUCCCAAAGCAUGAGACAGGUAUGCAAUAAAUAUUUGUUGAAUUAAUGAUAUCAUAUCUUCUGGAAGACUCCUCUGCUUGGGAAGCCAUAUCUCUAAUUGGGACAUAAGUUAUUCCCUUCUUGGAAUAAGAGCACAACGGCAAAACCUUCAAGGACCUAUUAUCUGUUAGGUGAACAUUUUACUGUGAGACUCUUUCCUUUGCCUUCCUACCUGCGCUGAAAUGAAACCAAAACAGGCUGUUUGGUUCCACAAGUCAGUAUAUGUUGGAUGAGACUUCUGUUGCCUUGUUUGGAACUGUGAGACUUACUGGUACAAGCAGCCAACAAUGAACCUUUGACCUAUUUUAACCAAUGAAGAUUAUGAACGUGUUUAUAUGAUGUAAAUUGCUAUUUAAAUAUAAAGCAGUUCUAAGUUUUAGUAUUUUGGGGCUGGUUUUUAUUUUAUUUUUUUCUUUUUAAAAAAUACUGAGGAAUCUUUUGAUAAGGUUAGUAAUGCAUGUUAGAUUUUAUUUUGCAAGUGUGCUGUUUUUAAAAUGUAUAAAAUAUAGGAAAAAGUAAAAUCGUAAGAGGGAAAGGCAAUUAUAUUAUUCUAUAGAUAAAACAAGCAUUUUUUGAAUGCCUACUGUGUGCAUAGCAGGGAUCAUAUAUGUGAGGAGCUUGUCUAAAUAUAUAGGGUGUAAUAGAUUCUCAAUAAAUAGCUAUUGGAAGGAUGCUUACUAUAUGAAUGAAAAAACAGUACAACAAUCACAUUAGCAGAGCUGAAUUAUCUUCAGUUUUGGACCUCAGAAUUCAGUUUCUGGAAUAAGGGAUAGAACAUUUUUAUAAAUCUGUUGAGACAGUGUUUUAUGAAGCACUGAAAUGUACAGGCCUUCAAGUUUAGCUAAAUUGGGAUUAAUCUUUCUGUAGCUGUCUGCACAAUUCUUGCUUCUCAUCCCAUCUGGCUUCUGGGUUGACAAUUUGUGGGAAAUAACCCGACUGCCACUAUUUUUAAAAAAUCAGAAAUCUUGUCCUUUUAAUUAUGUCAAAUUCAAACUAUUUCUGUUUUGUGAAAGAAUUAUAUUUUUCAAAAUAUGGUUUAUUGUUUGAUGGAUCCCAGAAAACACUAAUAAAAACCACAGAGACUAGCUUGUAAAA